CUGUUUGACGUCCGGCGGCCGCCGCUUAAUCUGAACCAACCAUGAACAUGGAAUAUAAGCUCAUCAUGGCCGUGUCCGGCUUCCCCAGCCUGUACGACACCAACUCGCUGACCUACCGGGACCUGAACAUGCGAAGCGACGCUUGGAGGCAGGUCGCGGAGCUGGUGGGGGUCCCUGAGUCGGAGUGCCGGAGGAAGUGGAAGACGCUCCGAGACCAGCACCGGAGGGAGCGGCAGCGGGAGAAGGAGAGGCGCGAGAGCGGCAUCGGGCUGGCCAACUACCGCCCCUGGAGGUACUCGUCCAUCCUGUCCUUCCUCAACCCGUUCAUCGACGCCCGGGCGGCCGGCACCAACGGCUGGGCGCUGGACCCGCAGCCCUCCCACCUGCACGCCGCCGAGCUGGUGGGCUGCAGCACGACCACGGACACGAGGAGCGACGACGACGACAGCUACGGAUUUGCGGUCGCCGACGCCACCACCACGUCCUCAGACUUCAUCCACAGGAAGCGGCCGUUGUCGGCGCACUUGGACAUGUUCAGACUGAAAGAGGCGAAGCUGGAGGUGAACUCAGACGACAGCACACCGGCCGACGACGGCGCGCAGCAGCACGCCAGCAUGAAGGAGCUGCUGGAGACCGUGCUGCACUCCGUCACCACCCUGGCCUCUUCGUUAGCCUCCUCGCACUCCUCCGGCCAGCCGCCGCCGCCGCCGCCGUCGUGGAACGCGCUCCGACUGAAGAUGGAGCAGCAGCAGCAGCAGGAGGAGGAGCCGGCGGCGACGCAGGCGAUCCUGUCGGACGAGGAGGACGGAGACGAGGUGGAGGAGGUGGCGGAGGCGGAGCGCCGGCCGGGGUCCCCGGUCCGGCCGAGCUGGGCCCGGCGGCGGGGCGUGGAGGCGCUGCUGGAGGAGUUCCUGCGGCGGGCGGAGGCGCGGGACGCGCAGAGCGCCGAGCAGAGGGACGAUGUGACGCUGUUCCUGCUCAGCCUGGCGCCGGCCAUGAGGCGGCUGGAGCCCGAGAAGCAGUCGCUGCUCCGCACCAGGAUGCAGCAGCUGCUGCACGAGGCCGAGUUCGGAGCCGCCAGCGUUUAACCCCCACUCCAACAUUUCUAUGUUUAUAUGACUUUUUUUUUUUUUUUAUAAAAGACUGAAGAAUUUCAACCUGGAAGAACCUGGGUCAUAUUUUAGGUCAAACCUGGAGAAUAUUGUGUGCUGACAUGUUUUUGUGAUUUUGUAAUAAAAGAAA